AUGGGUAGGUGUCCCACCGGCGGAGGCAAGAAGACCUCCAAGCAGAAGAACCGCGGGUACGCGUGCAAGUCCGUCAAGCGCACCAAGUUCCAGCUCCCCCACGCCGACGUGAUUUACAAGGCUGUGCACCAGCACCUGAAGGAGCAGGCCGAGGGGGGCGGCGCUAAGCGACCGGGCAAGGCGAGGGAGAUCUCGAGCUACGAGGCGAUGAUUAAGGGCGACCCGAACCAGCCGUUCAACGAGGACCUUCCGGGCGGUGGGCAGUUCUACUGCAUGUUCACCGGGCGGCACUUCGAGAGCGCGGAGGCGCUCGCGAGGCACCAGAAGACGAAGCAGUUCAAGAGGGACAAGAAGAGGGUGCUCAACGGGCCGAAGCCCCACGAGCAGAGGGACGCGGAGGCUGCGGCGGGGAUGGGCGCGCCGGAUAAUGGCAGGCCGCUCAACAGGGCUCCCAAGCAAGCCCCGGCCGCCAUGGCGGUCGAGUGA